CUUUUCCUUAAUGCUCAUGGGGACAGCGGCACUGAGAAAUGGUUGAGGAGAGUUUUCCCUUCGUGUACCCCGCAUCGGACUUCCUGCUGACUUUGGUGGGGCUGGUCCUGUUUGUGGUCGACGUGGCGCUGGACGUUCGAUUGGUGGUGGAUCUUUAUUCUGAAGGGGCAUAUCUGAAGACAGGACUAUUACUUUUUAUUUUCCUGGCCUCGACUAUUAUUGUUCAGCUGUUCAGUGGACUGUUGUACUACUAUGACAGGAAGAAGACUGACCCGGAGCUUCUCAUCAGGGGCAAAUGGCCACUGACAGCUGCCCAUUUCACCCUCCUAGCUGUGCCUCUCAGAUACGUGAACAUCCUGAAGAUCUCCAUAAAGAGCUUCAAUGACAAAAACCCUCUGCUGAAGGGUGAGGCCGUGUACCAGAACCAUGACCUCAGUUUGCUACGGCUCUUUGAGACGUUCUUGGAGAGCGCCCCCCAGCUGGUGUUCAUGAUAUUCAUCAUCAUCCAGAAGAAGCAGGUUGACUUCAUAACAUCUCUGAAGACGGCAGGCUCAGCGGCAUCCAUCGCUCUCAGCGUGGCCAUGUACCAUCGCUGCAUGCGUUCUUUCCUCCCACAGAAGAACAAUCAAGGCUACAUCUCCUCGCUGGUUUACUUUGCAUGGAACUUGCUGCUGAUUGGGCCUCGUGUGUUUGCAGUGGCACUGUUUACUUGUGCCAACCCCUGGUUUAUCGCAGUACACUACCUAUUCCUGUGGGCAGGGCUGGUCAUUUGGGCCAGGCUGCAGGACUCUGACUUCAUGGACAAUUUGGUGGGAGAGUGGCUCUAUCAGUGUAUUGUUGGCCUAAUCUGGUACUUCAGCUGGUUCAACUUGACCAAGGGCAGCACACUGUGGAGGGGCAUCAUUUACCACAGCAUCAUGCUGGUAGACAUGGGAAUUCUCCUCGGCUUCUGGUGGGACCAGCAGGACCAUCUGGAAGACAUCUUCAAAGUGGAGCCCUAUGUGACUCUUGGAAUCAUCUUCUCACUCUACAUAUUGGGCCUGGUUUUGAAGGUCCUCUACUACAGGUGCUUCCACCCUAGGGUGACUGAGCUGCAGCCUAAACAGCUUAUGGUUCCACUCCAGGAUGAGGUAGAUUUUCGUCAGUUGGUUGUAGUUGGUUGUGAAGAGGCAGAGAGGCCCAAGCAGGAGCAACUGGUGACCAACAAAAGAAUGAGGAACUUGGCUGCUAACUUCUACUCCUCUCCUGCACCCUCACACUAAGACUGACACACUAAAACUGACAGGGUGCUUUUAUUAGAGAGAUGUAAGGAGAACAGUCCCAAAAAGCCUACCUCCAUUUUUAUAACAGGUGGUGGUGGUCAAGUCAAGUUGGUGUGUGUGGGUCAGUUGGUUGGUUAACACUGGUCUUUGCAACCAGAAGGUUGCUGGUUCAAAUCUCCCACUCCAUGGAGUUGUUUCACCAUUGAACCCCAAUUGUUCCAGGGACUAACUGACUCCUUCAUCCUAACUGUACAUCAUUUUGGAUAAAAGUGUGUUAAAUAACUUAAUUGAUUCCACAACGUAUUUCACGUGCCACACUGAUGAUCAAAUCCAUUUGUGUACUGUGGCAGGGAACACAUACUUCUACUAAAAAGAUGCUGUAGACAGAAAGUGAAGCCUUAAAAUGCGGACGGGUUAUGAGCAAAGUCAUAUGAGGAAGCAAGUCAGUAAGACGAACCAGUAAAGCCGGGUAAGGAAUGAAAUCAGGGGAUUUUCAGGACUGGGAGAGUCAGGAGACGGGAGGAGAGACACCCACAGCGACUCCCAGCAGGAGCAGAGGAGGGAGGGGAGAGAGAGCUUGCUGCCUAUAAUCGUUGAUUUGCUCAAUGAUUCAAGAUUAUGCAUGUAAGUUACUCUUUAAAGUGGCUCAUUUGAAGGCACAGAGCAGUUUGUUAAGAAGCCCAUUCAGCUUUCUUAAGAGAUGCUUGUAAUUUGCUAAUUCGUCCUGUGCUUUGCCAAACCAGCUUUUCAGCACAUUGGGUCUUCCUGCAGAUUUGACACCUUGGGUAGGAACAGGAACUGAUCACACAGACCGAUCACACAGACCGUUAACACAGUCCGAUCACACAGACUGCACAGCGGUUCCCACCGCCUCAUUCCUAUGAUGUGUCAGAUCCCCCGUCAGUCCCCAGCUGGCAGCUCAGCUCUAAAUCUGUGGAUCUGCUCACUGAAUUGAAGACUGUUGGACUUAAUGUGCCUGAGGACUUCCUGUGAAGGAACUACAGUGGUUCUCCAAGACGGUACCCUGGGGUACCUGAAGGUGGAUGCACACAGAUACAAUACAGUGUCAUUCCUCUCAGAUGCUUUUCCUGUGACUCUGUCUCCCAUGGGCUCUAUAACAGGGCAGUAUUUGGAGUAUUUCUUACAAGUGACUGCAUGUUGUUGAAUAAGAUGCAAUUAAUAUUGUUAUUACUUUGAUUUCUAUAAAAUCAUAUUUACUACAUCUUCUUUUUGACUUUAAUUGAAAGAAAAUGUGAGCUUCUUUGGUAUUUUUAUUUACCCAGGUCAGUACAGAAAAACAGGCUUCACUCCUAAUGACAUAACAUCAUUGUCAGCAACAAAUUACAGUGAGGGGUAUCAGAGGGGCUCGGAUGCCCUGGCAGAUUCAGGGGGUCCAGCACUUCACAGGGGCCCUUGAACACGUAAAGUUAUAUGUAAAUUGGGCAGGAGACCCAAGGUGACAUUUUGUUACCGGCCCAGAAUGUCACGCUAUGCCCCUGAUUAUGGUAGAAGGCGAAUUCUCUGGAAUAUACAGUCAGGGAUUUCCUCAGGGACUGCCUUCCCAGGCACAUCCACUAGAGGGAGCUAUAGAACACAUUUUAAACAACAGCUCUCGUGAUAGUUGUCUAGUCAAGGACAUUAGCUUACAUUCCAAUGAAAUGUGUGAUUUUGGCAGCUACAUUACAUUAAUCAGUGUGUGUAACAAUUGCAACAGUGAUUUCUCUGUAGAAAAAUAUGUAGCAGAAACAUUAGCUGCAUAGUUAGAAGGAUGUAUAGAUUGGUUUUCCGAACUAUCCUUCCUCUCUUCUUCUGAAAUGGCCUUUUUUCUGGAUUGUAGGAUAGACAGAUCUUCUGGAGAGAAAGAAAGCUUGCUUAUUUCUCAAAUUAGAGUAUGUUAAAUGUGAUUCUUGCUGUUCCCUGAAACCAUUAUGAAUAUUCAAUGUUUCAUUGCAGAAAAGAAGCUAUUAUUGCCUAUUUAUUUUUCAUGGUAACUACUUUUUUAUGUUAAAUACUUUAGAUUGUUUUGUAACUUGCUCUUUGUAAAGUUUGUAUUUUAAAUAGUAAGUCUUGUUUUCGGGAGACUUGUUAAACUGGUCAUUGGUACUUGAUUCUCAUGGGUUCCAAUAAAACUGCUGUAUGGGGUUACUGUGGAAACUGAACGUGCAGAGUAGGUGAUAGGAUGUUAUUGGUUAAAUGUCUUGUACAGCAUCCCAUAAAUCACAGUUAAAAUACAUAUUUAUGACAAAACACCCCCAUUAGGUGUGAGAUGUAAUAAGCCCCUCCCCCCCAGGAAGCUCUAUUAGGUAA